GCAGCGUAUGGUGAUCCUUCACUGGGACUUACUCCUCUCAUCAAUUCUGCCUGUCGCUCCGCUGAACCUCACACGUUCGAUUGGCUGGCGGUCGGGCCGCCUCAUUGGAAGCUGAUUCUGAUUGGCUCGGUCGGGUUCUUCAUUAGAGACGACUUGGACAGCAGGCUGACCCUUGAAG